AUGGCUUCGCUCAAGAGUAUUUACGAGCCAAAUCCAGCUCUUGGAAAUGCUUUAAAUACCAAUUUUGAAGUCGACUUUGUAAUCGAUUAUCGUUUUGCUACUACAAACAAGGUCGAAGCCGAAGCACAAUUCGUGAAGCUUAUCGAAGCUCUCAACGAUGUUGGGUUGAUGACUGAAGUGCGAAAUGGAGAUAACUGUUCACUUCUUAUAUUUGUCAAAGCUGCUUCGGACAGACAUCUGCGAUCCGAAGUAUAUCGCUCCAGAGUACAAGAUUGGUUAUAUGGAGUUCGAACAGCUGCACCAGAAAAGAAUAUGCAAGAGGCUUUGAGUGCAGAACCAAUGACUGAAGCUGAACGACUAAGAUUAGUAUACUUGUUGAUCACAAAACCGAGAAAUGAAGGUGGUGCUGGAAUCACGCCUAAGAGAGGAGAGUGGAAGGGAGUCGAAUCGAUAUUCCCCCUUCAUGACCAUGAAUUCAAUAAGGCUUGGAUUAAGGAAAUUACCUCCAAGUAUCUUCUGACAACCAAGGAUCUAGAGGAUAUCAAAGACAGAUUUGGUGAAAAGAUUGGAUUUUAUUUCGCCUUUCUACAAUCUUAUUUCAUGUUUUUGGUAUUUCCUGCGGCAUUCGGAUUUUGCGCUUGGGUUCUCUUCGGUCAAUACUCCCCAAUAUAUGCCGUAGUCAAUGGCUUGUGGGGAAUCGUCUACACGGAAUACUGGAAGAAACAAGAAACUGAUCUUGCAGUACAAUGGGGUGUUCGAGGAGUAUCCAAAAUUCAACACAAAAGACCCGACUUCAAGCAUGAAAGAGAAAUCAAGGAUCCGGUUACUGGAGAGCAGAUCAAGUUUUACUCUCCAGUGAAAAGAUUGAGUCGUCAAUUGCUGCAAGUACCUUUCGCACUCUGUGCUGUUGUUAUACUGGGAAGUUUGAUUGCAACUUGCUUUGCAAUCGAGAUCUUCAUUUCUGAAGUUUACAAUGGUCCAUUCAAGGCAUAUUUGACUUUCUUACCAACUGUCAUCCUGACAGUGUUCAUGCCAACACUGUCUGUUCUUUUGACAGGAUUUGCCUCAAAAUUGACAGAUCUUGAGAAUUAUGAAACUACUGACGCACAUGAUGCAGCAAUGGUUCAAAAGAUCUUCGUCCUCAAUUUCAUAACAUCUUACAUGCCAAUCUUCCUCACAGCAUUCGUCUAUGUUCCAUUUGCUCAACACAUCGUCCCUCAUCUCGAUAUUUUCCAAAUGGCCGUGAGACCAUUUGCGGAGAAUGAUGAACAAAUGACAGCACCAAAAGCCGGAUUCCAAAUUAAUCCUGACAGAUUAAAGAAACAGGUCAUCUACUUUACAGUUACAGCACAAAUCGUCAAUUUCGCACUCGAAAUUAUUGUUCCAUAUGUCAAACGUAGCGUCUUCAGAAAAUACAAAGAAGUCCAAGCUGAUCGUGCCGCUAAACGUGGAGGUUCCUCAACACCGGAAAGUGAUCAUCCAGAAGAGGCCGCAUUCUUAACCCGUGUAAGAAAUGAAGCUGAAUUGGGUAUCUAUGACGUAACAACAGAUUUCCGAGAAAUGGUUAUUCAAUUCGGUUAUUUAUCUCUCUUCUCAGUCGUUUGGCCCCUUACUGGUCUUUCUUUCUUGAUUAAUAAUUGGAUUGAACUCAGAGGUGAUGCUCUCAAGAUCGCACUGGAAACUCAACGCCCUGUUCCAUGGCGCGCGGAUUCUAUAGGCCCAUGGCUUGAUGCAUUGGGUUUCUUGUCAUGGUUGGGAAGUCUUAGUACGGCAGCUCUGGUGUACCUAUUUUCGGGGGAUGGAUUUGGACCGGAUGGAACACCAAGUAAAAUGACGGGUUGGGGAGUGUUACUUACUAUGUUUUUUUCGGAACAUAUCUAUUUGACUUUGAGAAGAGGUAUUCGAUUGGCAUUGAGUAAGAUUGAUAGUCCGGGAUUGCAGAGAGAGAGAAGGGAAAGAUUUGCAGUUAGGAAACAAUAUUUACAAGAAACGAUAUCGCAAGAAGCUGCGGAGAAGGCUGCUUCAGGAGGAAUUACAAAUGGGGAGAAGAUUAGUAGAAAUACGCUAGAGGAAGAAGCAAGAGAAUCGAGUUUGAGAGGUCAUGGAACUGCAGAGGAGAGAUUCUGGCAGAGACAAAGAGGACAGGGAGAAACUAUCGCGAUGGGAAGAAGUUUUAUUAAUAAGACGGCUCCGAAUGUGGAAUCGAAGAAGGAACUUUGA